AUGAAAGGAGUAGGAGGAACACUUGAAGUACUUCUUGUUAAUGCUCAAGGCAUCAGGCACACAAAUAUUAUUGGUAGACCAGCAUAUUAUGUCCUAAUAGAGUGUGGAGCUCACAUUUUUAGAAGCAAAAUAUCAACAGGUAAAGAUGAAAAGGCUUGCUGGAAUGAAAAGUUCACAUUUGAAUUACCAUUCUCUGAUUGGAAAAAUUUAACCCAUCUCAAGUUCAGAAUUAUGGACACAGAACUCUUCACAGACGGUGGAUUUGUUGGUGACUCCAUAAUUUAUCUUGGUGGAAUAGUUAGGGAGGGAUAUGAAAGAGGAACCAUAGAAAUAAAACCAGCACCAUACAAUGUGGUGCUUGAAGAUGACACAUACAAAGGCCAAAUCAAAGUUGGGAUCAAAUUCACUACGAAUCUAAGUAUUCAGAAAGACAUGCAUAUAAUAGAUACAAUGGAGGAAAUUGCAAAGGAAAACAAACCAAGAAAAUCAAUGUGUAGCAGCAUUAUUAACUUGUGGAGAUUUCUCAGGAGCAGGUCCUUGGUGUUGUGUAAGAGAAAAGAUUACAGAAAGCAGAAGAACAAUUAG